AUGGAGGAGAAACUAGAUAGGAUGUUCAUGAAUACCACGGCCAUCGGAGAACAUGCUUGGGCACCUUCAUGUGGUAUACUCCCACUAGAAACCGAAGAGGCAUCCAUGGGUGAUGUUAUUCCACUCGAAGAAAGUUAUGACUCAUAUGAUUCCAAUCCAAUUGAAAUUAUUCAAGCUAUUAAGAAUGCUACAAGGAAAGGGAAAAGGAGAGCGCCUGAACAACUGAAUAAAAAACAGAAAGAUAAGAAAGGAAGAAAACUUGGAGGUGCUAAAAAACUAGCUAGUCAAAUUGACCGCCUUGUUGGUGCAGUUGAGAGUAGGAGCACAACAACAUCAUUGAUGAUGAAAAUGCAACUGGGCAGUAAUAUUCCCAAAGUGAUGGAAGUUGUAUCAUCUUUACCUGGAUGUGAACCUACUAGCACUUUGUGGAUGUUUACGACUCGAUUGUUUUUGAAUCAAGAGAAGCGAGAGAUGUUCUCUACCAUGAAGACUCCUAAUGUCAAGCUUGUAUGGCUAACUUAUGAAUUUAACAACCAAUAG